UAUUUUGAAUUGGAUUGGUUGGAUGGAAGUUGUGGAAUCAUUGGAAUGUGAAUUCUGCACUGCAGUCAAUGCGAAUAGUUCGAAAGUUUUAUUCAUUCUUUGAACACGAGUAAUCUGAAGUAGUUGUUCUUUACAACUUGUUGUUUUACAACCUGAUAACAAGUUGAUAGUGUCAAGGUUAAGAAUUUAUGUAAAAUGGUUGUUAAAGUGCCAACGGUUAAGCUCACCAGUGGAUAUGUAAUGCCCGUUGUGGGUUUGGGGACAUAUGCCAGAAAAGCAGACCCUGGUCAAUUCAGACAGGGGGUGGAAUGGGGAAUAGAGCUUGGGUAUCGUCAUAUAGACACAGCAGCAAUUUAUAAAAAUGAAGAGGAGGUAGGGCAAGGAAUAUCUAAUAAAAUUAAAGAAGGUGUUGUAACAAGAGGAGAACUGUUUAUUACAACAAAGUUGUGGUGUGAUCGUCAUGCAGAAGCAGAUGUUUUACCUACUUUAAAGGAGUCCCUCAACAGGCUUCAACUGGACUAUGUUGAUCUAUAUUUAAUUCAUUGGCCUGUAUCUAUUAAUAAAAAUGGAGAAGAUGCUGAAGUUGACUAUUUGGAAACUUGGAAGGGAAUGGAGAGUCUUGUCAAAAUGGGCCUUGCAAAGUCUAUAGGUGUUUCCAACUUCAAUGAGGAGCAGUUAGGAAGGUUACUUGCGGUGGCGAAUAUUAAACCGGCUGUGAAUCAAAUCGAAAUAAACCCAACGUUUACCCAGCACGCUUUGGUGGAUUUCUGCAAAUCCCAUUCAGUGGUUCCUGUAGCGUACACUCCUCUAGGAUUGAUCUCUGAAGCCAGGCCUGAGUUUAUCGGAAAGGAUGUGAUCAAAACUGACCCUAAGCUGGGAGAGUUGGCUGAGAAAUAUGGGAAAACUCGUGCGCAGAUUGCUUUGCGAUAUUUGGUACAACGAGGAAUUCCAGUCGUUCCAAAGUCGUUCACAAAGUCACGUAUAGCCGAGAACCUGGAUAUUUUCAACUUUGAGUUGACAGACAAAGAAAUGGCCAUUGUCGAUGGUUACAACCUCGACCAUAGAUGCGUGCCGGGGACGGCGUGGGCCAAACUCAAGUACUUCCCAUUCUAAAUGAUAGAUUUAAUACAAUGAACAAAUAUAUAUAUAUAUAUAUAAUUAUAAAUAUAUUGUACAAAUAAAUAUAUAUAUUGUAUGCAUGUGUAAAAAUAUUUGUGAAAAUUAAUUGAAAUAUAAUUUGAUAAUAUUUUCAACAUCACGAUACAAUCUGUGAUGUAAAUUCGUGAUUUACAAUUUCAUUAGUAAAAUCACAAAACAUGGUGCAUUUGUAAUUGUAAGAAAUAAUAUUUUUGGAUGGAAAAUAUUUAUGUAGUUACUAUGUAGUGAAAAAAAAAUUAAGUAGGUAAAUAUUAUUAUUUGUAUUUUAAUGGGUACUUUACCCAUUCUUGAACUAUUUAUGUGAUAAUUACUGGCUGUUAAAAAAAUGUUUAAAAUAAAUGGGUAAAAAUAA